AUGGGCAAGGCCACAGAGCGCAUCAUGCUACCUGCGCUUCAAGCGGCGCUUCCUGAAGUUGUGGACAUCAACAUGCCUGCCGAGGGCAUAUUCCACAACCUCGUCAUCGUCUCAAUCAGGAAGGAAUAUCCCGGCCAUGCCCGCAAGGUGAUGAAUGCCCUAUGGGGUCUGGGACUGAUGAUGCUAACCAAAAUCAUCGUCAUCGUUGACCAUUAUGUGGAUGUGCAGAAUUUGUCGGAAGUCGCAUGGCGCGUAACAGCCAACCUUGACCCCGGCUCCGACAUCGUUUCUCCGAAGGUCCCCUCGACGACCUUGAACAUGCCAGCGCAAAACCGCGCUAUGGCACAAAGAUGGGCAUAG